AGCAAGCACAGGCUGAGGUUACGCGCACGCUGUAAUGUGUUUUGUGAGAGAGGACUUCAACCAGUCGAAAAUGAUACGGCUUAUUGCAUGUACUUUAAUGUUAUGUUUGGUUUGGUUUAUUUAAAAAAGGGAACAGUAGGUCAAUACAACAUUCGUGAAAUUGACAGUUUGCUUUCAAACCGUUUAAAUGCUGGAAUGGCUCUUGGCUUUGUCCAUUGUGAUCUUGGGGGCCGUUAUUUGGACAGCGUCGAAAUAUUUUGGUACCCAGCGCGAGCCAGACGCAAUCCUCCAGGGGCUCGGAAUUUCAGAGCAAAAGUAUGUAUCAGACCGGGGGGUCCCGCUGGACGUUGUCGAUGCCCAGACACCGGACCGGGCAAGUGAGAAGAAAGUCCCCGCUGUUGCGCUGAUAUGCAAACCCUCGGCGCUGGCCAACUAUCUCCUCAAACACUGUAGGUCUUUCAGCAAUUAUACCGCAUGCACGGGGUGGACUUGGCGACGAGUGCUAUUCUUCAGACCGUCUACGGCGCGUGCUGGCCGUACGAGAGCCGUGUGCAUUUCGUUCGCGACCACCUGCAGUUGAGCGACGACGGUCUAGUGGCGCUGGAUUGGGCAGUGUCGGUGGCCGGUGCGUCGUACCAGAAACGGAGGAGAACCUCGAGUAAUUCCACGAGCCCCAUCCUCCUCAUCAUACCCAACUCUUUUGGGAAAAUCACUAGAAAUGUUCUGAAGCUCUGCGAGGCAGCACUGAUCCACGGCUACCUCCCUGUGGUGUUUAACCGCCGCAGCCACAACGCCACGCCCCUCAGCACCGUCAAGUUGCAGCAGUUCGGCGACCCAGGGGACCUACGCGAGGCUGUGCGUUAUGUGCGAUACCGGCAGCCUGUUAGCCGGCUGUACGCAGUGAGCGAGAGCACAGGGUCUGGUCUGCUCCUUUCCUACCUGGGAGAGUGUGGCUCAUCCAGCUAUGUGACAGCUGCCGCCUGCCUCUCGCCUGUGUUCCGCUGCCAGAGCUGGUUCGAGAACGGGCCCAUCUGGCCUCUGCAGUGGGCUCUGGUGAUCUACCAGAAGAUAUGUCUCAGCAGGUACAGGACAGUGCUCGGGGAGACAGUGCACACAGACACCCUUUUCUCUAGUUGUUCCCUGCGUGGCCUGGAGGAGGCGCUGUUUUGCCACCCUCAAUCCCCUAAAGUAGCCCAAUCAGGGGCGACCAGUGGCAGCAGCGGAGGAGCCUGGGAGGCCUACUGGGAACGCAACGAUCCCCUCCGGGAUGUAGAUGAAGUCGCCAUUCCCGUCCUGAGUGUCUGCGCUCAAGACGACCCUAUCAGAGGAGACCCCCAGUCCACCUUACCGCUGGAACUCUUCGAGAGCAACCCCCACUUCUUCCUACUGCUGACCACCAGGGGUGGACACUGUGGCUUUAACACCCCAGAAGGGAGCGCUUUCUCUGGCGGAGGGACACCUGGGACGGGCUGGAGUCACCGGGCCCUGCUGGAAUUCUUUAGGGCCACCACAGACUUCAUUGCGGCGGAGGAGAGGGUUAAGCAGGCUGCCAGACGCAGAGGUCUUGGGGGCAGCAGCCAGGGUAAAUCCUUCAGACACCGUAGUGUUAGUACCUGUAAGAGGCUGCCCGCAUGCUCACACAGUAUUCACACUAUCUAUAACUGGCAGAGAUCCUACACACGUUGAGCUUGGGCGACGAUUGAUGGAUUGAAAUAAAAUGAAAUGCAAAUUGACUUAAUACACAAACCGAACACGUGGACAUUUCUAGUGAAAUGCUUACUUUCCAACAAUACAAUAAAAUAGUGAUUUAUAUUAACACUAAGUGUGACUACAUUAGGUAGUUUCAGGUAGAUAUGUACAGGUGAUUGGGCUGAAGUGACUACAGUAGGUAGUUUCAGGUAGAUAUGUACAGGUGAUUGGGCUGAAGUGACUACAGUAGGUAGUUUCAGGUAGAUAUGUACAGGUGAUUGGGCUGAAGUGACUACAGUAGGUAGUUUCAGGUAGAUAUGUACAGGUGAUUGGGCUGAAGUGACUACAGUAGGUAGUUUCAGGUAGAUAUGUACAGGUGAUUGGGCUGAAGUGACUACAGUAGGUAGUUUCAGGUAGAUAUGUACAGGUGAUUGGGCUGAAGUGACUGCAGUAAGUAGUCUGAGGUAGAUAUGUACAGGUGAUUGGGUAUGUGAAGGUGGUGCUUGAUAGUCUGGGUACUAUCAAAAAAAUUCAGUAGCCGCUUCGUGGUAGAAACUGUUCAGGCUCCUGCAGCUUCCCCACUUGAUGCGCCUGUAUCAUUUCCCAGGCGGUAGCAGGGAGAAAGUCUAUGGUUAGGGUCUUCUCCUACUGUAGAUCUUUUGUUUUGCUAAGGUUGAGAAAAGACGUUGUUGUCUUAGCACCUCCCUUGCCAGUCACUGACCUGGCUAACGUGUUUUUAACAGUUCAACUUUUUUCCUGUAAAUACAUUAAAGACAUUUUCUGAAAAAGGACUGGUUAUCUUCACUGUCCACCAAUGUAACAGUUCAAUUGAGAAAGCAUUGGAAUUUUUGGAAAAGAAAUUGAGCGGGUGAUAUGGAUGACAGUGAAUUGUAACUACUACAGUUGCUCAAGGAUUUUUGCUACGGAAGAGCUGAACAGCCAACCUAAUUAAUAGAUGAAAGCUUGUUUUAUGGACAGAGAAACAGAAUAGGGUUUUACCAGAAAGCCUGUGCAUUUUGUCUUUGACUCCGCCCAAUGAAUAUUCAAUUCCAAGACCCCUCUGGACUUCCAGGAUUUUUCUGAUGAGCAAAUUAGGUUUAAGGAGAAACUAUGUAAUGAUGUUGGGAUGUUUUGCUUAUCUGGGUGGAACCAGCCAGGUUUGAGGGUUUGUGACCGGGCUUUACGAUAUCUGUAAUUUGCAACAUUGACUUGGCACCGUUUGUGAUCAUUUUCCCUUUUUUCUAAACAUGCUGAACUUUAGUUGAAUGUCUUACAUUACUGUAUGUUAUUGGUAAAUGAACAUGAUAAUAAAGAUGUAGUUACUUUACUUUAUUUUUGUCACAUAUACAAUAAUAAUACUUUUCUUCAUAAUAUCAUAGGACAGGUUCAGCCACAGGUUAUUGUAGCACUGUGGAAUAUUAUGUGGUGAAUUAUAAUAAAUAGCGUUAUUAUCCUA